UGGCCCGGCCGCGGACGCGCGGGGAGACAGGAGAGGGCGGCGAGCCGGGCGCGGGGACAUGCGCGGCCGCCUGUGGCUGAGCCUGGUGUGGCUGCUGCUGGCGCGGGCGUCCGGCGCCGCGGGGACCCCAAACAGCCCGCGGAGACCGCGCAGCUACCCACACCUGGAGGGCGACGUGCGCUGGAGGCGCCUCUUCUCCUCCACCCACUUCUUCCUGCGAGUGGACCCCAGCGGCCGCGUGCAGGGCACCCGCUGGCGUCACGGAGCUGACAGCAUCAUUGAGAUCCGCUCCAUCCGUGUGGGCGUCGUGGCCCUCAAGGCUGUGCACACCGGCUUCUACGUGGCCAUGAACCGCGGGGGCCAUCUCUACGGGUCGCGGGUCUACACCACCCACUGCAGGUUCCAGGAGCGCAUCGAGGAGAACGGCUAUAACACCUACGCCUCGCUCCGCUGGCGUCACCGCGGUCGGCCCAUGUUCCUGGCGCUGGAUGGGCAGGGGUCCCCGAGGCGCGGUGGCCGGACACAGCGGCACCACCUGUCCACCCACUUCCUGCCCGUCCUGGUCUCCUGAGGUUCCCAGGGGCCACGAGGAGCAGCUGGACAGAGAUCCCACAAGAUGCCCGAGCUGCACGGCCAGCGGCUGGGGAAGCCCAGGCCCUGGCAAAGCACGUCUGGUCACUCCUCUGCUCCACAAGCAAUAACGGUGUGUCCGCGGCGUGCCGGGCUGGGGACACUGCGGGACCCCCACAGAUGCAGCCUGACUCCCAGGGGCCUCCUGUCUGAGUCUGCGGGGAGGUGGACGCUCAGCUGAGCACAGGCUGCAGGUGUCCGUUCACAGGCUGGGAGGGCACGGAGGCCCCACUCACCACCCGGGACGGAGACUGAAGGAUGUGGCCGUGUGCUCACCGGAAGGUCUGGGAAGGGCACUCCGGGCCGGACCCGGCCCAGGCAGAGGCUCUGAGGUGGGAACCCACCGGUGUCCGAGGCAGGGAGGAGGUCUGAGGGCCAAGAGAGAGAAGGCAACGUGGAUGUGCCUGGGUCACAGGUCCCCAUUCUGGUCCUGGGACCUGCAGAUGUGUCACCUACGUGGCAGAGAGGACCUUUCAAGGCCCCCUUUCAGCGGGGGGGGGGGGGGGGAGGGUCCUCACGAGGUCCUCUCGAGAGGGAGGCAGAGAGACAGGCAGACCCGGAGCUGCUAGCCGUGAGGAUGAGGAGGGGCCGCGGGUGGGCCAAGGGGGCUUCAUGCCAGUGUCCUUCAGGAGCUCGGGGUCCCGGGGAGGCUGUGCCUGCUGCCCGCCGGGCACCCCUGAGCCCUCCCUGCCCAGCCCAGCACCAACGGAAGGAAAGGGGCCAGAGCUCAGAGCCCAGGUCCAAACCCAGCUCUGCAGCCGGCAGAGCGAGGCGGGAUAUUCUGCUGCGGGAAGGGGACAGUCCCUGGGGUGGGGGUGCGUGCAGCCCGGACGCUCACUGGGGUCAAGGCCCCUGGUUCCCACCCCCCCACGCCACACAAACACACACGCAGUCAGGUUCCCAGCGGGCAGGGGGCGGGGUGGCGCUGCCGACAGGCCCCACCUCAGCUCACCUUCUGCAACACUGUGAAGCUGCCGCCCGCCCCGGGUCCCGGGGUCCC